AUCUUCAUCCUCAAAGACCUGCGUAUUCCCGUCGACACAGGCUCUGCCGAAGAUCUUCGCGCCAAGAGAUGCCACCAGAAGACCAAUGGAAGCAAAAACUGGAUCCUUGGAACAAAACUAUGGAUCAAAGUGGUUCCAUUAUUCAUCUCACAGGGUCCAAGUGCGUCAUCAAUGCCGAAGGCGCCGGUAGUAGAAAGGGCCAGGGAGGAAAAAAAAUUGUCAAUGUCACCCCACGUACGUUCGUUCUCCAAUCGAUCCACCGUUUUCUGAACGGAGAUGAAUCUGGAUUAAGGGCGACUAGGGGACCUCCGCUAGACCAAUCAGCCCACGGGGCGUGCUGUUGUACCCUCCUGGGCGUAGCGUUUGCCGAUGAAAGCGUGAUGAGAUGCCCAGCACAGGAAUGCUUACCUCACACAGUUCGACUCUUUUCUCAUGACGUGACUCUACGGGCCUUCUAUUCACAGCUGCUCCGCUUCUCUCCAAGUCUUGGUCCCUCGAGUCCACAAACCUUAGCUUAGUUCUUGCUCACCCACGUCAGUCUCCGCAAGUCGUUUGCCUGAGCCCCCCGGGGUUUGAGUUUUCGCUCAAAGCAUGACCAUCAGAGGUCAUGAGAUGGACCCAUUGGCAUGGUCUUGGUCUCUCGGUGCCCGCGAUGGCCCUCGACGAUCAUCUCCACAAUAAAGACAGUCAAAACGGCACCUCUUCGCUGCUUCAAUCUCUGUUCUGGCUCAUCACAGCAUUCGUGUACAACACUUUCACAACAUCAAUCACACACAUACAACAUUCAAUUGACCAAUUGGUCUAAUCAACACUUUCAAUAUGAAGUUCUUUGGUAGUAAACGCCAUGAACAUGCUGGCGAGGGUCAGCAUCUCGAGAGGAAGCCUUCUCCCGAUACCGAUGGUCGCAUCACCUUCCGGGCCUGCUUCAUGGGCCUGGUCGCAUCUGUAAGUUCUCAACACCACAAUAAACUAUCGCAAUGGAAUUGAACUAAUUAAAUCGUAGAUGGGAGGCAUGAUCUUUGGAUACUCCUCAGGUCAAGUUUCUGGUUAUUUCAUGAUGAAGGAUUACGGCGAGCGAUUCGGUGUUCCCAACGGCGAUGGUACAUACAACUUCAGCGCCGCACGACAAGGAACUAUCACCGGUCUUCUCUCCAUUGGUUGCUUGUUCGGAUCUCUAGUUGCUGGCAACCUUUGCGAUUCAAUUGGUCGCCGCAAGACCAUCUCCAUCUCUGCUCUCUGGACCUGCGUCGGCACCAUCAUCGAGGUCGCCUCUCAGCACGCCUGGUACCAACACGCGAUCGGUCGACUUGUAACAGGUCUUGGUGUCGGCGCUCUGUCUGUCGCUGUCCCCAUGUACCAGAGUGAGAGUGCUCCCGCCAUCAUUCGAGGUCUCAUCGUCUCCUGCUAUCAGCUCUUUGUCACCCUUGGCAUCUGGUGCGCCGAGAUGGUUAACUGGGGUACCAACCACUACGAUGGUAGCGCUUCUUGGAGAAUUCCCAACGCCCUGAACUUCCUCUGGGCUCUCCUUCUCGGUGUUGGCAUCCUCCUCCUUCCUGAGUCUCCUCGAUUCGCCUACCGAAAGGGUAAGGUUGAGGAAGCCCGAAAGACCAUUGCCAACCUUGCUGGUCUCGACAUCAACUCCCCCAGUGUCAACCGACAGAUCGACGAUAUCCGCGAGAAGCUUGAGGAGGAACAGGCUCUUCCCGAAACCCGCCUUGUCGAGAUCUUCACUGGUCCCCGUAUGGCCUACCGUACCAUUCUCGGUAUCACUCUCCAGGCCGGUCAGCAGCUCACUGGUAUCAACUUCUUCUUCUACUUCGGAACCACCGUCUUCGCCUCUACUGGUCUUAAGGACAGCUACGUCACUCAGCUCAUUCUCGGCUCAGUUAACUGCGCUUGCACAUUCGGCGGUCUCUAUGUCGUCCAGAAGUGCGGUCGCAGAAAGUCCCUGAUGAUCGGUGCCGCCUGGAUGAUGAUGUGCUUCUUCAUCUACGCCUUCGUUGGACACUUCGCUCUUGACCGACAGGACCCUCUCUCCACUCCCGCUGCUGGUGCCGUCCUUGUUACCUUCUCUUGCUUGGCUAUCGCUGCCUUUGCUACCACCUGGGGUCCUCUUGUCUGGGCUGUCGUCGCUGAGAUGUACCCUUCCCAGUACCGCAGUCGAUGCAUGGCCAUCGCCACUGCUACCAACUGGCUCUUCAACUUCCUCAUCGGUUUCUUGUAAGUCGCCUCAUAAUUACACUUUCAAUCGAGCACUCACUAACAUUUCCCAGCACUCGAUUCAUCACUGAUGCCAUUGACUACUUCUACGGUCUCGUCUACGCCGGAUGUUGUGCUGCCCUCGUCGCAAUUGUCUUCUUCUUCGUCAUCGAGUCCAAGGACCGAACUCUCGAGGAGAUCGACACCAUGUACGUCCAGCACGUCAACCCCAUCACUUCUUCCAAGUGGGUUGGCGAGCCCCACGGCACCAAGCACGCCCGAGAGGGUGUCACCGACGAAGAGGCUUCUUCGUAAACAACUAUCACCAACCAUCACAUCACGUCACGCACGACUCACAACUCACAUCAUUCACGUACACACAUCACUAUAGAAGUUACGGACUCGGACACACUAUAGACAUGCAGCCGGACUGCCCGGCGAGUAACGAUUGGAACGGACGUUGCAUUUUAAAAUUGUUUUCGCGCAGGGGUGCGAGGAAGUACAUAACCCAAAAGAGCAUAUUAUAUCCUUGUAUUUAGUAGCAUAUUCUGCAUAAUAUCAUUUUCGCUACGUUCUCAAACAUUGAUCAGAUUA